GGUCGGUCGGCGGGCGCACGGGUGUAGCGGGACCGGGGAGCGGCGGAGGCCGCGCUCGCCGUUCAUUCCCCGCACCGUUAAGGACCUGACGGCCCGAGUUUAAGGCGUGUUUUGAGCCCUCGGCGGCUCGGAGCUGCCGGGCGUCUGUUCAGCGCUGCAGGGAGAGCCCGCUGGACGCCGACCUCCAGCUGGAACAAGGGGUUUCUACUCGUGGGCUAACCAUGAAUAAGAAGGACCCGACUCUGGGAGGAACUGCAAACUGUGGGUUUUUUGUUGCACUUGGCGGAAGCCGAGGUUUCACUCCACAAAUAUUGGCUGAACUUCCCCUCUGCACACAGGGAGUGAUGGCUUUGACCAUUCCGUGAUGCCAUCUGCCUCAUUCCCAGCUUCUAAAAUUGGUGGUGCUUAGUGCAUCCAGGAAAUGCUUGUUUCUUCAUUCCCCAGAGAAGCAGUCCACUGUGCCCAGCAGAACCUAAAGGGCUGACUGGGGAACCUCAUCCUUGCCUGCUUUAUCUGACACUGGCUUCUAUAAAAUGGGAAUACUUAUUGCAGUUCUUGGAAUCUGCUUCAGCUCUUCCCUUGUAAAAGGAGAUUCUAAAGCUGUGACAACAUCUCUGACUACAAAGUGGUCUUCAACUCCUUUACUCCUUGAAACAAGUGAAUUUUUGUCAGAAGAAGGUCAAGAAAAAUUCUGGAAUUUUGUGGAAGCCAGUGAGAAUAUUAAGACAUCUGAACAGGAUGGUAGUGAUUCUUCUUCUUACCAGGAAAUGCUGAAAGUAGCCUGCCAGACUCUGUCACCUUUGCAGCAGAAUUUGCUGAAAUUUUCCUUGUCUUUACGCUCUUAUUCUGCAACUGUUCAAGCUUUUCAACAGAUAGCAGCAGAUGAACCUCCACCAAAGGGCUGUACCCUGUUUUUUGUUGUGCAUGGGGAGAAGACGUGUGAAUUUGACUCUCUUGGAGACCUUUUACGGGCAGCCUCAGACAGGCCAAAGCCAUUUUUGUUCAAGGGGGACCACAAGUACCCAGCAUCAAACCCUGAAAGUCCUGUUGUCAUCUUUUAUGCUGAGAUUGGCUCAGAGGAGUUCUACAGACACCACAGGAGGCUUGUUUCAAAGGCUGAGGCAGGAGAAAUCACCUAUGUCCUCAGACACUACAUUGCUAAUCCCAGCAAAGAAAAAGUCUACCUCUCUGGCUAUGGUGUAGAACUGGCUAUUAAAAGUACAGAAUAUAAGGCCAAGGAUGAUACACAGGUGAAAGGCACAGAGGUGAAUGCCACAGUCAUAGAUGAAAAUGACCCUAUUGAUGAAGUGCAAGGAUUUCUGUUUGGGAAACUAAGGCAGCUGUAUCCUGACUUGACAGAAGAGUUGAAGGAGCUCAGAAAACACCUCGUGGAAAGUACCAAUGAAAUGGCACCUUUGAAAGUGUGGCAGCUACAAGAUUUGAGUUUUCAAACUGCUGCUCGCAUUUUGACUGCUCCCCCCGUGGAUGCUCUCAUGGUCAUGAAAGAUCUCAGUCAGAACUUUCCUACAAAGGCCAGAGCCAUAACAAAAACAGUUGUUUCUUCAGAACUCAGAGCAGAAAUUGAAGAGAACCAAAAGUAUUUCAAAGGAACAUUGGGUUUGCAGCCAGGAGAUUCUGCCCUGUUCAUCAAUGGACUACUUAUUGAUUUAGACACUCAGGACAUAUUUAGCUUGAUUGACGUGCUCCGCAACGAAGCCCGUGUUAUGGAAGGCCUGCACAGCUUGGGAAUUGAGGGUCUGUCCCUGCACAAUGUCCUGAAGCUGAACAUCCAGCCAUCAGAUUCUGACUAUGCCGUGGACAUCAGGAGCCCUGCGAUUUCGUGGAUCAACAACCUUGAAGUUGACAGUCGGUAUAAUUCCUGGCCUUCCAGUGUGCAAGAACUGCUGCGUCCCACGUUUCCAGGAGUGAUCAGACAAAUUAGGAAAAACUUCCAUAAUUUUGUGCUGAUAGUAGAUCCUACUCAAGAGACCACAGCAGAGUUACUGAACGUGGCAGAGAUGUUCUUCAGUAACCACAUCCCGCUGAGGAUAGGACUAGUCUUUGUGGUUAAUGACUCGGAGGAUGUUGAUGGACUUCAGGAUCCUGGAGUUGCCCUCCUUAGGACAUACAAUUAUGUGGCACAAGAAAUGGACAACAAUUAUGCUUUCCAGACUGUUAUGUCUAUAUAUAACAAAGUAAAAACAGGAGAUCAGCUGAAAGUGGAGCACGUGGUUAGUGUUCUUGAGAAACAGUAUCCUUAUGUUGAAGUCAACAGCAUUCUGGGAAUUGAUUCUGCCUAUGAUCAAAACAGAAAGGCAGCAAGAGGUUACUAUGAGCAAACAGGUGUAGGCCCUCUCCCUGUUGUGCUGUUCAAUGGAAUGCCUUUUCAAAAAGAUCAGCUGGAUCCUGAUGACCUGGAAACCAUGACAAUGCACAAAAUCCUGGAAACCACAAGCAUCUUCCAGCGAGCUGUGUACCUGGGUGAACUAUCUAAUGACCAAGAUGUGGUUGAGUAUAUCAUGAACCAGCCUAAUGUUGUUCCAAGAAUUAACUCAAGAAUCCUAACAUCUGACAGAGAGUACCUAGAUCUGACAGGAAUGAAUAACUUUUUUGUGGAUGACUUUGCUCGAUUUACCACGUUGGAGUCUAAAGAUAAGACAGCUGCUGUUGCAAACAGCAUGACCUACUUAACAAAGAAAGGAAUGUCUUCCAAGGAGAUCUAUGAUGAUUCCUUUGUUAGACCAGUUACUUUUUGGAUUGUUGGUGAUUUUGAUAAACCUUCAGGGAGGCAAUUGUUGUAUGAUGCCAUUAAACAUCAGAAAUCCAGCAAUAAUGUUCGAAUUAGCAUGAUUAAUAAUCCUAGUGAAGAUCCCAACAGCCAGAACACAGUUGUUGCUAAAGCCAUAUGGGCAGCUCUGCAGACACAAACAUCAAAUAAUGCCAAGAACUUCAUCACCAAGAUGGCAAAAGAAGAAACUGUGAAGGCACUGGAGGCAGGAGCUGACAUCUUGGAAUUUGCUGUUGGGGGUAUGGAUACCAAUAUUUUCAAAGAAGCCUUUGAAUCUCCCAAGGUGGAUUUUAUUCUGUCCCAUGCAAUGUAUUGCAGAGAUGUUCUAAAGCUGAAGAAGGGGCAGAGGGCUGUGAUCAGCAAUGGACGGAUUAUUGGCCCAUUAGAGGAUGGUGAGAUGUUCAAUCAGGACGAUUUUCAUCUCCUUGAAAAUAUCAUACUGAAGACAUCGGGCCAGAAAAUCAAAUCUCAGAUUCAGCAACUGGGAUUUGAAGAAGAUCUGGCAAGUGACUUGGUAAUGAAAGUGGAUGCUCUUCUUUCUGCUCAGCCUAAAGGAGAGGCAAGGAUUGAGUAUCAUUUUUUUGAAGAACAGUACAGUGCAGUUAAACUGAGACCAAAAGAGGGGGAGACAUACUUUGAUGUUGUGGCUAUUGUUGAUCCUGUGACCAGAGAUGCUCAAAGACUUGCUCCGUUACUUUUGGUUUUGAACCAGUUGAUAAAUAUGAACCUGAGAGUGUUUAUGAACUGCCAGUCCAAACUUUCUGACAUGCCACUGAAAAGCUUUUAUCGCUAUGUUUUGGAGCCAGAGAUUUCCUUCACAGCAGAGAAUAACUUUGCUCCAGGACCAAUUGCCAAGUUUUUGGAUAUGCCCCAGUCUCCACUGUUCACUCUGAACCUAAAUACCCCCGAGAGCUGGAUGGUGGAGUCUGUCAGAACCCCCUAUGACCUUGACAAUAUUUACUUAGAGGAGGUGGAUAGCAUUGUAGCUGCAGAAUAUGAACUGGAGUACCUGCUGCUGGAAGGCCACUGCUAUGACAUUACUACUGGGCAGCCACCUCGAGGACUCCAGUUUACACUGGGGACUUCAACCAGCCCUGUCAUCGUUGAUACCAUCGUUAUGGCCAACUUGGGUUACUUCCAGUUAAAAGCCAAUCCUGGUGCAUGGACUCUAAGACUGAGAAAGGGCAGAUCUGAAGAUAUUUACAGGAUCUACAGCCACGACGGCACAGACUCUCCGCCCGAGGCCAGCGAAGUUAUUAUCGUUCUCAAUAACUUCAAGAGCAAAAUUAUUAAAGUGAAGGUUCAGAAAAAGCUCGAUAUGAUGAAUGAAGAUCUACUAAGUGAUGGCACCAGUGAGAAUGAAUCUGGAUUUUGGGAAUCUCUCAAAUGGGGAUUCACAGGAGGACAAAAGAAUGAAGAUGUGAAACAGGAUAAGGAUGAUGUACUAAACAUAUUCUCUGUGGCUUCAGGACAUCUAUAUGAGAGAUUCCUACGCAUAAUGAUGUUGUCUGUGCUGAAACAUACCAAGACUCCUUUAAAGUUUUGGUUUCUGAAGAACUACUUAUCACCUACAUUCAAGGAGUUCAUCCCUUACAUGGCCAAGAAGUAUAAUUUCCAGUAUGAGCUUGUCCAGUAUAAAUGGCCACGCUGGCUCCACCAGCAAACAGAGAAACAGCGAAUCAUCUGGGGUUACAAGAUCCUCUUUCUAGAUGUGCUCUUCCCAUUAGCUGUGGAUAAAAUCCUGUUUGUGGAUGCUGAUCAGAUUGUGCGCACAGAUCUAAAGGAAUUGAGAGAUUUCAAUCUCGAUGGUGCUCCCUAUGGAUAUACUCCCUUCUGUGACAGCCGAAGAGAAAUGGAUGGCUACAGGUUCUGGAAAUCAGGAUACUGGGCAAGUCAUUUAGCUGGAAGGAAAUACCACAUCAGUGCCCUGUAUGUUGUGGAUCUGAAGAAGUUCAGAAAGAUAGCAGCUGGAGAUCGACUCAGAGGACAGUACCAGGGUCUCAGUCAGGAUCCCAACAGUCUGUCCAACCUUGAUCAGGAUUUGCCAAACAACAUGAUCCACCAGGUGCCAAUUAAAUCCCUCCCACAGGAGUGGCUGUGGUGUGAAACAUGGUGUGAUGAUUCCUCCAAGAAGAGAGCAAAAACCAUUGAUCUGUGUAACAACCCCAUGACCAAAGAGCCCAAGCUGCAAGCAGCCAUGCGUAUAGUUCCGGAAUGGCAGGACUAUGAUCAAGAAAUCAAACUGCUCCAGAGCCUUUUCCAGAAGGAAAAAGAAAUGGGAACACCAGCUGAGAUGCCAGGACAACACACACAUGAUCCAGCAGCACACGUGGAAUUAUGAUCCAUGCAGACAAAUUGAAGUCAGACUGUUUCAUAGACAAUUUUUAUAUUGAAAGCUAGUUUUUUUCCAGUAUGUCUGCAAAACUGCUGAGUAAUUGAAUGGGAUGAUGUAUGCAUUUUUUUUACUUGCCCUUGGGUUAAUUUCUGCAUAUGAAAUAGGAUCUGGAUUGCUGGAAUUAGCAUUACUGGUUUUUUGCACCUGUGGUGGAGAUGAAAGAGCCCAUGAUGGAAUUUAGCAUUUCAGAAACAAAACUUCAAAAUCCACUGGAAAAGCCACAGCCUGUUCCUUCAACUGUCUCAACCACUGAUGAAGAUCAAGCUUGUCUCAGAUCUAACUUGAGAGUCUGGGAAUUGCAGACAUACAUCCUAACCUCAUCUAAUGGAGAUAAUUUUUCCAGGUAACGUUAUAAGGCUUAGAAUUAUGCCUUGAAUUUGGGACACUGUUCCAUCUGCAGGUUUUCAAAUUGUUGGAAAAACUUCUCAGAUUUGUUGAGUCUGCCCUUGAUUUUGUAACAAAUCCAGCAUUAUUUUGAUUUUUCUAUUUCCUGUCUUCAUUUAUCACCCAACUUUUGAUGGUUUGGCUUGUGUAAAGCUGCAAUCUGUUUAAAUGCCCAUCCAAAUACAAAUGCCUAAGCUUACAAAGUGAGGAGAACAUGGAAUUUGGCAGCUGAGAUCAUCCUAGCCCAUCUGACUUGAAUCAAAGUACCCUCCCUUCCUUCCUGCUCAAAGUUUAAAUCAGUCUGCAAAACUGGUAGGGCUUUACUCUGGCUGUGGUUCACUGAUUCAUGAAUGUUUUUUGCUUAUGAAAAAUCUGUGGAAGCUUGGAAGUUUAUCAUCAUGUAAAUUUCAUCAACUUUAUUUUUCUUCAAACAGAGACAUUGUCACAUCAAUAAAAACUUUGGAGUUCUUGGGUCUUAAGCCUUAGUUCCCAUUUGGUCCUUUGAUCAUCCUUUUUGCUUGCACACAGUCCUAAUUUGAUUUUGAGGUUUCUGGAUAUUUCACUUGCAUUUGUUUUCAUUCUGUGCACAGGCAAGAAAAUAUCUUCUUGCAGGGAUUAAUUAUCUUGGGCCAGUUCUAUCAUUUGUAUUCACGUCUUCAUUUUUAUGCUGCCAUAGUUCUGUGUUAUGAACAUACCAAUUAAAAAAAAAGGCAGCUCAAACCUCAUUUCCCUCAUUCUGUAGGAUUAUUGUCUGUAACACUGAGGGGUUGAAGAGUUGAAACAUAAGAACUAAAAGUAGUACCUCUAGUACAAAAUGUAUAGUUCCCUGUGCAGAAAUCCAAACUGGGAUUACUUUUGUGCCUCCCAUGUUUUUAUACAGGCAAAUGUUCUGUGCUGUAAGACACUCAACCUAAUGAUAAUCCUGACUUAUAUAUUCUUCUGGAAUUUUUGUAUUAUACAUCCUGUCAUAUUUUGGAGGAACCUGAAAGAUGCCAGUUGGAGUGUUUACACUGUUUGAUGGGGCAGCUCUCGUGCAGCCAGCUCAAGCAAGGGCCCAAAUCACCAACCCAAACUCUUAAAGAAAGCACAGUAAGAGAAAUAUCCAGGGUCCCUGAGCUCACAUCACAGGCAUGGCUGGCCCAUAUCACUGCACCUGCACUUCUGGUGGGUACCAAAGGUGACUAGUUCUGGGAAGGUAUAGGAAAGGACAGUUUAUAAUCCCCCUCUCCUGCGGGAGAGCUGUGCAAACAUGUGGGGCUGGAGAGCAAACCAUGACCUUACAGAGUUACCAGCUUAGAUAUUUCCCACUUUGUGGGGUUUUAAAUUCAGGUGGUCUGCCUGGCACUCUGGAAAUUACAGGUGAGAUGACUUACCCUUCCCAGCAAAACUGUUCCAGUUAAGGAUAAGCAGACUUACAGUAGAAGGACUUUUUUCUAUUGUAAAACACAAUAAUGCUCCUGCCAACAAAUUGAAGUAAUUACAUACUGUGUCAAUUAGCUUCAGCCUUGCUGGAGUACAUGGAAGAGCACAGGUCUAGGUGGGCAGCAGCUGUACACCACCUUUCCAUCCAGGGAUGGAUAAGGAAAGAAUGUGCCCAAAGCCCUCAGAACAAGAGAAGCUUCCUGUGAAACGUGGCCCUCUCCUAUCUAGAACUGUAUCUGUGCUUAUUUUUUCCCCCAAAUUUUAUUAGAAGCUAUAAGACAAGAACAAAGCAACCUCUUAAAUUCAGCACAACAUUUAAAAUGCCUUGUUUGGUGUUGAAUAAGGAGAAAAUAUUUUUAAAUUAAAUGUCAGUUACAGAAUUAUUUUUUAAAUUAUGCUCAUCCAUUCUGAUAGUUAAUGUAUGCAUUUGAAAACACACACUGCAUCCUUUUUUUUUUUUAAAUUAUAAGAUCUAGCAAGCUAUGAAGGAUGUUUUUGUUCCCUCUGGUUAACAGAGGCCAUGCUCUUCUAUUCAGUUGUUAUUAAGAAAGUCAUCUAACAACUGGUACAGAAAGAAACCAGAAACAUGCAGUAAGAUUCUAUACCUUUGCAGUGCUUGUGAGAGUCCUGUGCCUGUUCUCCUGUACCAUACAAAAUGCACAUGGUACUGAUCAUUCUCAAUGUGAACUACUUCCAUUUUUCCUGGGAAGCCACUAUUUAUUUGCACCCAAGAAUAACAGUCAUAAAGGGAAUAAUCACUUAUUUUGGAUCUGUGCAUAUGACUGCUCUUAGUGCUCAACUGGGCCUUAAAAGAAACAUAUUUUGACAGCUCCAUCUAGAAAGCAUCUUGGAGUGAGAUGCUUAUUGAAAUAGUCCUGCUUCUGAUCAUAUCACUGAUGGCCUGGUCCUGUAACUAGUAAGACUGAUGACAAUGAAAACCAGAAAAUGUGGAUUACAGAGGUCACAAAGUAAUUUUGGAUUCCUCAGACUAGAAAGGCCACUUCUGUGGCAAAGCAGUGUUCCAGUCUCUGGCUACAAGCAGCUUGUCCUCUUGGUGGGGACUUCACAAUGAGAAAUGCCCUGUACUUUAUUUUAAAAGGAAGAUUUCACUGCCUUACUAGGAAACAAAUAGUAGAGAAAUAAGUCUUUAAGAUUUCUUUUUCAUUUAGAUAUUGGGGGAUGGGUUGUAAUGGAAAGGAAAGGGACAUGUACAAAGCAGUAAAUAUCCAGUCACAGUCUUAUGAACCAAAACAUUUUUUAAAAUAUGAACUGUUUUUAUUCAACUUCCAUAAUCUGUUCAAGAAUAGUCCAUGACUGUGUGGCACUGAUACCAAGUGACACCAGGUAUUGGGAGUUACUCUUUCCUGAAUGUUACCUAAGAUCACAGGGAGUUUCCCAGUGCAGUGGCAACAACAAGAUCUGACAUCAUUAAAACCUCUGCUGUUCUUUACCCAUGUCUGUCCUGUUGAUUGCUUUGGGGCUGAUAACUGAGGUUUUAAUGGUGUUGCUUAGAACAUGUUUUUCACUUUCUGUAUUCAAGUGUUGGGAUAUUGAAAGGCUAGAAGGGAAAGGGAGGAAUUCCUCCUAUCUGCCAGUGUUGGUAUUGGAGUAACCCCUAAACUGAAGUACUUCUGUUAAAAAAAGAAUAAAAAUAUUUUAUAUAAA